UGUUACAUCAGAACCACCAUCAACUUCUCCUUCAGGAUCAACUCCAGCUAACACACUACAGACAUCAACAGCUGCUACAUCAGAACCACCAUCAACUUCUCCUUCAGAACCAAGUACAACUAUCACACUGCAGACAUCAACAGCUGUUACAUCAGAGCCACCAUCAACUUCUCCUUCAGAACCAAGUACAACUAUCACACUGCAGACAUCAACAGGUGUUACAUCAGAACCACCAUCUAGUUCUCCUUCAGUACCAACUACAACUAUCACACUGCAGACAUCAACAGCUGUUACAUCAGAACCACCAUCUAAUUCUACUUCAGGAUCAACUAUGGCUACCACACUAGAAAAAUCAACAGAUUCCUCUACAACCGUAGGCCAAGUUCUUACACUGGAAAUUAGCUUCAUCACUGCAGAGCCAUUCAGUAAUGACUUAUUAAACACAACUUCACCUGCUUACACUGAACGUGCAAAACGUAUCACAGAUGAGUUUGAGCCAGUUUUUAAGAACAAAUACAUGAACUUCAUUAAUCUGAGAGUGAUUGGUUUCAGACCUGGGUCAAUCAUCUCAGACAUCAGUGUAACACUGAAUGGAAGUCUACCUGAUAUUUCUUCAAUCAAUGAGACUAUGCUCAGUGCAAAUACGAGCUUUGAAAUUACAAGCCUCAGUGUAAAUGAAGUUUCAUAUAAACCACCAACAACAACUAUAACACAGACUUCAACAACUGCAGCUACAACAGAAAUGACAACAGAAGUUCCAGCAAGCACAGAUAGUACCACAGUUGCUACUUUGGAAACAGCAACAAGUACUGCUACCCUGUUGACUACAGAGAGUACACUGCAAACGUCAACAGAUGUCACAUCUGAAACAGGAUCAACCACAGCUAUCACACUGCAGACAUCAACAGCUGUUACAUCAGAACCACCAUCUAGUUCUGCGUCAGUAUCAACUACAGCUACCACACUGCAGACAUCAACAGCUGGUACAUCAGAACCACCAUCAACUUCUCCUUCAGGAUCAACCACAGCCAUCACACUGGAAACAUCAACAGCAGUUACAUCAGAACCACCAUCAACUUCUCCGUCAGUACCAGCUACAACUACCACACUGCAGACAUCAACAGCUGUUACAUCAGAGCCACCAUUAACUUCUCCUUCAACAUCAACAGGUGUCACAUCAGAACCACCAUCUAGUUCUCCUUCAGUACCAACUACAACUAUCACACUGCAGACAUCAACAGCUGUUACAUCAGAACCACCAUCUAAUUCUACUUCAGGAUCAACUAUGGCUACCACACUAGAAAAAUCAACAGAUUCCUCUACAACCGUACGCCAAGUUCUUACACUGGAAAUUAGCUUCAUCACUGCAGAGCCAUUCAGUAAUGACUUAUUAAACACAACUUCACCUGCUUACACUGAACGUGCAAAACGUAUCACAGAUGAGUUUGAGCCAGUUUUUAAGAACAAAUACAUGAACUUCAUUAAUCUGAGAGUGAUUGGUUUCAGACCUGGGUCAAUCAUCUCAGACAUCAGUGUAACACUGAAUGGAAGUCUACCUGAUAUUUCUUCAAUCAAUGAGACUAUGCUCAGUGCAAAUACGAGCUUUGAAAUUACAAGCCUCAGUGUAAAUGAAGUUUCAUAUAAACCACCAACAACAACUAUAACACAGACUUCAACAACUGCAGCUACAACAGAAAUGACAACAGAAGUUCCAGCAAGCACAGAUAGUACCACAGUUGCUACUUUGGAAACAGCAACAAGUACUGCUACCCUGUUGACUACAGAGAGUACACUGCAAACGUCAACAGAUGUCACAUCUGAAACAGGAUCAACCACAGCUAUCACACUAAUCAACUCCAGCUAUCACACUGGAAACAUCAGCAGGUCUUACAUCAGACCCACCAUCUAG